AUGGAGACCCGAUUGGUGCAAAGAUUUGCACAACAUCAGACCUCCAAGGCUUUGUGGGAUAGUCUUGCAAUCACAUACGGGUCUAGCGCGGACCCUCUCCAAAUUUAUGACCUUGAAAUUCAAGCGUCUAAAAUGAGUCAAGAAGACCAAACCUUGGAGGAAUUCUGGAGCGAGUUGCACAACAUAUGGAAUGAAAUCGACCAAAGAGAUCCAAAUCCCCUAGAGUGCUGUGAUAAGGGGAUACUAACUUACCAGAAAAUAAUCUCCCAGAAAAGAUUGUAUCAAUUCCUCGUAGGCCUUAACCCCCAACUCGAUGGGAUUCGACGUGAUAUACUCAAAGAGAAGCCAAACCCCUCACCAGAAGUUGCCUUCGCCACCGUCAAACGAGAGGCUGCCCGACUACAUAUUAUGCAGCCGGUACCCAACUCCGGUGGUCUAGACCCAAAUAUAGGAGUUGGACUUGGGGUGAAACAUCCAAACCCUAGGUCAGACCCGGCUCGGAUGCAAUCGAAUCAUAACUCAGCCAAUCGAUUUGGGCAAAGUUCAUCGCGCAACAAAAUUGACAAGACCAAAUUGGUCUGCUGA